GUAGCCGUGUCUGCAUAGGCUAUCGUUGUGUUCAUAACAUCGGACCAGAGUGUUCUCCAUCGAUAGUAUUAUUUUCUGUUAUCUUCUUAACUUUCACCAGUUUCCUACAUUUGAAGAAGAGCCAUCAUGGAGAAAGUGAUUUUAGUGACCGGUGCGAACAGUGGCAUCGGCCUAGCCCUGUGUGAGCGGCUGCUCUAUGAGGACAGUCAGCUGCAGCUGUGUCUGGCCUGCAGGAACAUGCAGAGGGCUGAGGCGGCCCGCUCAGCUCUGCUGACCUCUCACCCCGACGCCCAAAUAGACCUGCUGCACCUGGAUGUAGGCUCUGUCCGCUCGGUUCUCCACGCCGCCCACAAGGUCAAGGCUAGGUACAACAGACUGGACUACCUAUACCUUAAUGCCGGGAUCAUGCCCAAUCCACAGAUUGACAUCAAAGCCUUUUUUAAGGGCCUAUUUUCUAGCAACGUCGUCAAAAUGUUUGCCACAGCAGAGGGCCUCCUGACCCAGCAGGACCGUGUCAACAAAGAUGGACUACAGGAAGUGUUCGCCACAAACCUUUUUGGACACUUUGUGCUGGUCAGGGAGCUAGACUCUAUCCUUUGCCAGGCUGGUCAGACCUCCCGGGUAGUGUGGACUUCGUCCAGCAAUGCCAGACGCUCGGCCUUCAGUCUAGACGAUGUCCAGCACAGACUGGGGACCGAGCCCUACGCAUCCUCCAAGUAUGCCUCCGACCUCAUCAGCCUUGCCCUCAACAGACACAACAACAGCCAGGGGCUGUACUCAUCAGUGAUUUGUCCAGGGCUGGUGAUGACCAACCUUACCUAUGGCAUCCUCCCCUCCUUCUUCUGGACCCUCAUCAUGCCCAUCAUGUAUCUUAUAAGAAUAUUCACCAACACGUUCACACUGACACCGCACAAUGGAGCUGGAGCAUUGCACUCGCUGUUUCUGGAAAAAACGGAGUCCCUGGAUCCGAGGGCAAAGUAUCAUAGUUUGACGUCAGGCAUGGGGAGCAACUACACGCAGCCUCGACAAAUGGACAUCGAUGACGACAUGUCAGAGGCCCUGUAUGUGAAACUGCUGGAAAUGGAAAAAUCUGCUCGUAAGAGAUUGAAAGAAGAGGAUGACAAUAAACAAGCCUACAAAAAGUACCUCAACCAGACAGAGUAGUAUUUUGUAUGGCUAUUCUCCUUUGCUGACUAGUUGAGGCCUAAUCACACAACUUUUAUUCUAUAGCAUAUAAUAUAUCAUUUUGUUACGUUACAGCCUUAUUCUAAAAUGGAUUAAAUACAUUUUUUUUUAAAUCUCAGCAAUCUACACCAUAAUGACAAAGUGAAAAGAGUUUUUGAAUUGUUUGCAAAUGUAUUAAAAAAUAAAAACGAAUAACUUAUUUACAUAAGUAUUCAGACACUUUGCUAUGUGACUCAAAAUUGAGCUCCAGUGCAUCCUGUUUCCAUUGAUCAUCCUUGAGAUUUCUACAACUUGAUUGGAGUCUGCCUAUGGUAAAUUAAAUUGAUUGGUCUUGAUUUAGAAAGGCAAACACCUGUCUAUAUAAGGUCCCACAGUUGACAGUGCAUGUCAGAGCAAAAACCAAGCCACGAGAUUAAAGGAAUUGUCUGUAGAGCUCCGAGACAGGAUUGUGUCAAGGCACAGAUCUUGGGAAGGGUACCAAAACAUUUCUGCAGCAUUGAAGGUCCCCAAGAACACAGUGGCCUCCAUCAUUCUUAAAUAGAAAAAGUUUGAAACCACCAAGACUCUUCCUAGAGCUGGCUGCCCGGCCAAACUGAGCAAUAGGGGGAGAAUGGCCUUGGUCAGGGAGGUGACCAAGAACCUGAUGGUCACUCUGACAGAGCUCCAGAGUUCCUCUGUGGAGAUGGGAGAAACUUCCAGAAGGACAACCAUCUAUGCAGCCCUCCACCAAUCAGGCCUUGAUGGUAGAGUGCCCAGACGGAAGCCACUCCUCAGUAAAAGGCACAUGACAGCCUGCUUUGAGUUUGCCAAAUGUCACAUAAAGACUCUCAGAACAUGAGAAACAUGACUCUCUGGUCUGAUGAAACUAAGAUUGAACUCUUUGGCCUGAAUGCCAAGCGUUAUGUCUGGAUGAACCUGAUCAAACAUCUCUGGAGAGACCUGAAAAUAGCCGUGCAGCAAUGCUCCCCAUUCAACUUGACAGAGCUUGAGAGGAUCUGAACAGAAGAAUUGUAGAAACUCCACAAAUACAGAUGUGCAAAGCUUGUAGCGUCAUACCCAAGAAGACUCAAGGCUAUAAUUGCUGCCGAAGGUGCAUCAACAAAGUACUGACUAAAGGGUCUGAAUACUUAUGUAAAUGUGAUAUUUUAAUUAGCAACACUUUUAAUUUGCUUGGUGAUUGUGGGGAAUUGUUUGUAGAUUGAGGGGGAAAAAACAAUUUAAUCAAUUUUAGAAUAAGGCUGUAAACGAACAAAAUGUGGAAAAAGUCAAGGGGUCUGAAUAAUUUCCGAAAGCACUGUAUAAAAACGAAACUGUUUUAUUCAGUGUGUUUUACUCCGUGUGAAUUAAGAGAAAUGGUAUUCUCUGUUUAAGUUGACCAUGGCCAUGAGGGACUAGUAGUGGUUUGAAUAAUGUCUCUCUAUUUGAGUGAAUACUCUAUAGAAUCAUCUGUUUGCAUUGACUUUUUAUCAGCCACCAUUUUCAAUAGCCUCCCUAGUUGAGUAGAGGUUUCCCCAUUUUCAAGCACUUCAUAAUUUGAUCUUGGUUAGUGUACGCUAGCUAGGCUACAUGAGUGCUGUUCCUUUUGUGACUAUGACAGGAACAUGUACAGUAGGCACUCAAAUAGAUGAAAAAUAUGGUUGAAAGAAUAUAUUAAAACAGAGACUGCAACUUGAAUACUGAAAUCCACUGAAAAUACUGGAACACUAAAAGCACAUGCUGAAACUGAUACACCUGAAAUGGUUAAUGGACAUUUAUGUCUCAGAAACAAGUCUGUACAUUCCUGCUGCUAACUCCAGGAGCUAAAUGUGGUAGACUGUCAAGAGCGUUUGUGAAUUGUCAAGCACAAAAAGCAAUAACUGACCAGAACUAGGCAAAGCAUUCCUUUGUGUUUGCUUGGUAUGAUGAAGAGUUGUGAGCCGUUGAACUUUUAUUGAAAUGAAAGUUUAAAAUUAAAGAUUUGUUUGCAUUAUUUAUGUGUAGCUUGUUUGAAUGAAAAGUUGAUUGACGCCACAACUCUUCAAGCUAAUGCUGACUUUGGUUCAAUUUCUGACGUGUUCUUAUCUGCAGUGCCUUUAGAAACUUUUCCCACAUUUUGUUGUGUUAAAACCUGAAUUUAAAAAUGAUUAAAUUGAGAUAGUGUCACACCAUACCCUAUAAUGUCAAAGUGUAAUUAUGUUUAUAGAAAUGUUUACAAAUGAAUAAAAAAUGAAAAGCUGGAA